GCUGCAUUUUUCUUUUCCUCUUGCAUUCCCUCGCCCGACUCUGCAUUCUUCCAUCGCACGCCCUCGACGCGUAUCCAGAGAUCGAUCGCCGGAUCUUUCGACGACGUCAACCCACAACCUUCCCGUCCUUCAACCGCUAUAUUCUCAUACUCUCCAACUCUCCGCCACGCUGCCAGCAAUUCAUCUCCCACAUCAUCGCACAUCUUCCGCCCGCCCGCGAUCCAGUCUCUCCGACAUCCCUCACCUAUCGACGCGCGUGUCACCCGCUUCAUCCGCCACAGCUCGUCGCAACAUCGACGCGCCCGCCGCACCUCUGUUUACGACGCGCUCUGCCAUGGCCCCGCCGCGCAAGCGCCCAAGACUCGAUAUCGAGAGAAACUACUUUUCUGAACAGUCGCUAAUGUGGAACCAGGUCGUGACCGGACUCGCGACCCUGCAGGAUGCUAUCCAGACUCUCUCGUCGGCUUACAUCAAGCACACGAAUGCGGUUCUCGGCGAGCACGGCGCAGGUCUCGACGUAGAGUCGGCGCUCUCCAGGAUCGGCGAGAACCUGCUCGACGGCCCGCUCGGCGGGUUGCAACGCGCUUCCAGCCCUGCCAAGUCGGUCGUGGGCGAGGAGAAGAAGGAGCGCAAGAAGAGACAGCAUGAUCCCAAUGCUCCAAAACGCCCGCUCACCCCCUUCUUCCUCUACAUGCAGACUGCGCGCCCAAUCAUCGCCCAAGAUCUGGGCUCGGAUUAUGCCAAGGGAGCUGUCAGUGCUGAGGGCACCAGGAGAUGGACUACUAUGGCCCCCGAGGACAAGCAACUGUGGACCAACGCCUACAAAGAUAACCUCCGUCUGUAUAACGCACGCGUGCACGCCUACAAGGUCCACCACAACCCCAACGCCAAAGACAUGACGGACCAGGAAGCCCUCAACUGGGCCGAAGAGCAUAACAUUGGCUCAGAACCCACGGCUGACGCGCAACUCGUUGGUGAAGCUACCGCGGGUGCGCUCAUAGACGAAGACGCCGAGGGCGAGGCCGAGAAAGAGCCAGAGCCAGAGCCAACCCCCUCUCCCAAGACUCCCAAGCCCAGCAAGUCCCGCAGGAGCAAGGGCAACAAGGAAACCCCCGUAGCUUCAGAGCCCAUCGUCCCUAGCUCCACCUCGAGCAUCGUCCCUCCCAAGCCCGCGCCCGAGAAGGAGAAGAGCCCCGAGAAGAAGCGCAAGCGAGGCAGCAAGAAGGUCGACGAGCCCGAGCCCGAGCCCGAGCCUGAGAAGGAGGAGCUCGCGGUCGAGACACCCAAGACCGCUUCCAAGCCCCGGAAGAAGAGAUCCAAGGCCGACUAGUCUCCCAUUCUAGACUUGGACCUGGGAUCAAUGCGGCUUAAGGAAGGUUGGGCUGUGCUGGGACGUGCUCGCUGUGUGGUAAU